AUGAAAGGAUAUACCCUGAGGCACAAUGAGAAACUUCAUAGCAUUAUCCUGAAAGGUAUGAUAGAAAGAAAGUGAUAAAGAUGAAGGCCAAAAACGAAUUAUAUAAGUUAAAUAAUUAAAGAUGCAAAAGUUAGUUCGUACAAAAAACUCAAGGAAAAGACGUACACAAGAGAUUCUUAGAGAGAUCAUUUAUUGUACAACAAUUUAUGAAUUGAAUGUUUAAAAUAAAAUAAAAAUAUUUAAAUAAAAAAGCUAUUAUAAACCUAUAAUCAGCAUUAACCAACAAACUUGGAAAAUGAUGUUAUUUACUAGUGAAAGAUGUACAUUUAAGUUUAAAAUGAAUUUUUUACAUUUACCUUGAUAAUUGAAUCAUUUUGGUAAAUUACGUCAUUGACCGAAAAAUAUUAUUGUCUAUUAUAUGUAUCAGUGCUAUGGACCGCGCAUUCAACCUCCCUCGCCUAUUGCAUGACAAGUAAGCAUUAGCUAUUGAGUAAGAGAGAUAAAUAUUGUUAUUAGGUAUAUAGUUAUUAGGUCUAUGGCCAUUCCUAUAACAAUUAUUAUGAGGGAGGCGGUGUUCCCAGAGGGACGGUAAACUGAGGCAAUUUAUCAUUCAUCACUACAUCACUAUAUAGAUAAAACGUCUCACUUUAUGAAACUUGGAAUAACUGUAUCCGUCCCUCUUGAAACACUGAUUAGGUAUGGAUAGCCUAUCUAUGUCUUUAUUAUCUAUGAGUAUACUCCAUGAAGCAUGGUAUAGAAUCACUGAACUAUAUACUAGUACAUAAUGUGUAGACCAGAUAUAGAACCACGAUUAGAUAUCUUCCCGAAUUGAGUCCAUAGAGUUGAAAAUUAAUUGUUUUCAUGCCAAUUUAAAUGACUAUAACCAAGAAACUAUUGAUCGGAUAUGAAUAUGUAUGUUACAUUAAAAUUUUUAGAAUAAUAUAUUAUCUUUUACAAAAUGGCUGUUUUCAAAAUUUUAAAGUCAUUUUUCUUUCAAUAAUUAAGUAUUUUUUAGUAAAAUUUAGCUUUUUUUUUUUCUUUUUUUUGAUUACAGCGACUUUUUUUAUCAUGCUAUUUCAUAAUAUCGUAUCCUCUCGAUUUCAUUUAUAUUUGUAAGUAACGAUAAACCAUUGAUUGACGAAAGACGAUUCCGAGCGUAGUUCGGUAAUACAUAAUUUGAAGUGGCGUUUCUUUUUUGCAAUUUUCAUUUAAAUUUAAUUUUAAAACACUUAUUUAAAAAGUCGUCUGAUGAUAUUGGAAAUUUGACCACGUCUAGGUAAGUCUAAUAUAAGUAUUAUUACCAAGAUUCAAGUCUCUGCGUGUAUUUAUAACCGAAUUACAGCAAACUCCCAAAAAUUAAAUUUCCUUAAAAGCUCAAAAUUGGCUCAAAAGUUUUUGCGUUGAUACCGUAAGAAAAUAAAUCAAAAAGCCAACAAAAAUGGUAUCUUGUGAUUUUUCGAUUAAAUCAUUUUCUCUGGUAGAAAAUGUCGUCCGUAUUUUUAUAAAAUUAUGAAAUCAUGAAAUUGUAUGUUUUCCUACGUUUUUUUUCCACUUCAGUGCUUUUAUUUAAAAAAUGGCGUCGAAAAUCAAAAAAUGACUUCUUUAAAGUACCAUCUAGAUAACUUGAGCUUUCAGAAAAGUUACGUAAAAAUUAGACCAAGUUUUUUAGAAAAACGUGUCCACAGACUAGAAGAAAGAAGAAAAAAAAAUUAAUAUAGAUAUUUUUUGUUGCAUUUUAGAUAAUUUUUUAAAUUCAAUAGUAAAGCCGUUUGCUUUGAUCCUGUAGGUACCUACCUCAUCAAUGACAAAAUUAAUACAUUUCCACAUAAAAUUCUGUUUUUCAAUUAUAAUAUAUUAAUAUUGAUCAUUGAUAAUACUUACAAUAUUCAAAAAACUAUUUCAUUAGGUAUAUCUUAGUAUAUGUAUUUUAAAUAAACAUGAAUGAAUUGGCCAUUGGAUAUGAAGAAAAAUAGAUACUCAUUAAUACUGCAAAAAUAAAUUGCACUAAUUAGGUAUAUUCAACAAUGUAUAUAUGUAUAGAAUAUUAUUUUUGAAUAAUAACGAAAAUAUAAAAAUUCAUUGUUCCAUAAUAUAUUACCAAUAGGUAUGUCAUAUUCUAUUAGAUACAUUAUUUAUGUCUUCUGAUACUGAUCAAAUUUAAUUUUAUAAGAAAAAAGAAAAUCUAACUUGGACAACCCAUUUAGACAACAAACGUCUUGCCUUCAACAACCACCUCAGGCAAUAUCAUCCUUUCCGUCCAAACACGCGUCACACUUCAUAAUAAAGUUUUUCUCUAUAAAUUACUCCUUAAACCUGUCUGGCUCCAUGGCAUCCAGCUAUGGGGUUCAGUCAAGAGCUCAAACAUAAAUACUAAAUAUAAUCAAAACCUUCCAAUCGAAAUGGCUCCACAAGAUAACCCAAGCUUUAUAGGUACUAUGUUUUGAAUGACUUUCUCCACAUCUCUAUAAUUCCAAACGUAGCCAAAACUUUUUAUAAACGUUUCAAUCUCAAAUUUGCGAAUCACCGAACUCCUCCUUUUCGGGACCUCUCUUUUCUUAUUAUUCCUGAUGACCCUGGUAUGUGAUAAGCGUUUGAAAGGUAAUUGAUGUCGAGAACUACUAGCUGAUUAACCACAGCCACCCACGUCAUGAAGUUUUAUUAAUGAAUUGUAUCUGCUAUCAAGUUAAUUUGCUUACAAUUAAGACUGUAAUGUAAAUCACAUUCUACUUGUCUAAUGUAAUUAUUGUUAAAAAUAAAUAUACAUAUAGAUUGCACAGUAUAAAAAUAAAAAAUAAAACAAAAAAAUCGUUGCUAAUCUAUAAAGAUAUUAAACUUCAGUUUCAUAUGUAUCUAUGCAAUUAUCGCUAAAUUAUUAUAAUAAAAUCUCAAAAAAAAAUUGUUAAAAUUUAUUACAAAGCGAUUGUAUUAUUCUGAAAAUUCUAUGAAAUUAUCUACAUCUGCAUAAUGUGCCAAAUAUAUUAAAAAAAAUUCAAGGGAUGCAUUUGCAUUAGUAGCGGUCUUACGGUCUACGGGAAGGUGAUGGGUGGAUCACCCCUCCCUCUCCUUGGUCUAUAUUAUAUUACAACAAAAACCUGAUAAUAUAUCUAUGUUUUGCAUUAUUUUUUAAUUAAUAAUUGUGGUAAUAAAGCGAAAAGAAUUCAAUGAUUUUAAUAUUUUUUGGCAACAAUAGGUUUCACUUAUUCUAUGAUAUGGCCAUGAUAAUGUGGCGAUGACCGAGGGACGGCAUGCACCACCAACUAAUAUAUUAUUGACCGAUUUGCAAAACAAAAAAAAACCGAAAAAGGACUUUUAUUUUGUAAUAUCAUUUGAAAUAAUUUUUUUAAAUUUAAUAAAACUAUUUUUUUUUUUUUGAUGAACACUAUUUUUAAGGAUUGUAUUUGAUAUGAAAAAUAUUUAGCCCCCCAUGAUAUCUGUCAAAGACCGCCACUAAUUUGCAUACUAUUGCAUCCCGCAAAUGACGCCGCUUUCGAACUGAACUUAUGGUGGCGGUGCGGCUAUUUCGUAGUGCUCCGCCGUUCAUUCAUAUGUUUAAAUUACAACAAAUAACAGUGUACAUUAGAGGAAGAGGACGUACGCAAGGAUAGAUGCACAACUGUUGUAGUCGUCUGUGCAAUAGUGGCUGUGGUACAUUAUUUCUGUAGGUACCGUGGUCACUGGUCGCGCGAAUCGCUCGACGCUCGCACAAAACAUAAUACACAACAGUCAUCCCACUCGGUACUCGCAAACGCGCGCGCGCGCGCUCGGGCAACACAAAUACACGCACGCACGCACGCACGCAAAUAGACAACACAAAUAUGUUGUUACAAUCUAUUGCAUAGAACAGUGCUCGUUAUUGUGCGUGCGUUCGUCAACUCGGUGAUACGAUUGUUCGGCGUUUCGCUGCCUCUGCCGCCGCCGUCGUUGCCGUUCUGUUUUUUUUUUGUUCCGACUUUUCUUUCAUUUCUCUGCACGGUUCGCACAGUCGCCCUAUAACAUGUCCAUUGUCGCUUGACCAGAGCGAAGACGACAAUCACAAAUAAAUAUAUUAUACCCCGGCGACGCAUCCCGUAUCAACAGUUGUCAUCAAGGUGAGUAGUCUCCUCUUUUUUUUCUUUCUAGUGUUUGUAAGGCUGCAACAGUGACGGAGGCAUUACGUCCUCCGACCUCCUUACUCAUCCACCGUCACCGGACUCGUCGAUAUCGUCAGUCGCCCUGCUCGUUCCCCGAAAGUUAAUUCCUGUCCCUGCCAAGCCGUCGUCCUUCGAUCUUAUCAUUUAUCAUUAUUGUAUUAAUCUCAAAACUUGUUCGCGUGACAACGAAUUGUUCAAACGCUCAAUGUAUCUAUUUACAAAAGACACAACUCUUGUCCGUCUUUCGACUUAUUUAGGUUUACUCUUUUGACACCUACAUUAUCACAUUAACUCGUUGUUAACAUUAGAGUAUUUAAUUCAGUACACCUAUUUAAAUAUUCGUAAAACUUGUUCAGUUUGAUGUAGACAUAUUUUAUUAUUUUAUCAGAACAUUAUACAUUAAGAAUUUAUAUACAAGUUUGAUUUCCCUAAUAAUAAGAAUGUUGAUUGCCUUCGAAGUUCCUAUUGAAACUACAAACAUAGAUGUAUCUAUAAAUAUAUAUAUAUUUAUAUAUCUGUGACUACAAAUUAUAUUUUUUACCAUUUACUUGAAUUAGUGUUCUUCUCUGGCUUUUAGGUAUGUAAUCAGUAAACUGUUUUCCGUUUAUUGCUUUUAAUCAAUUCCAAUGUGUCUAUAACUGUGUAGGUAGGUAUUAGUUAUAAAGAGAAUUACAUUUGUAAUAAAAAUUAAUUUUACCUUUGAUAAUUUAAUGCAUAUUUACUAAUCCUAUUUAUCUUCAACAGAUACAUUAUUUAACAUAAUAAUUGUCAUAAUUGUGUUACUGACAUUAUUUAUGGUGGUCUCUUCUCUGUAGGAUUAUAUUUGUAGGUAAUGAUCAGUAAAACAUAAGUGUUUGUUGUUAGGUAAUUAUUAGCUGCUUAAAUAGGUAUUUAAUAAUCAUACCCUAUUACUCGCCUUAUUAUAUAUGUAUUUCAUAAGUAAGCACUUAUCCCACGUUGGUACUUUAAGAUAAACAAUAUACAUUUUUGAUCAAAGUUUGUUUCUAAAAAUUAUAUGUCCUUGAUAAAUAAAAAAUAUUGUAUUCGUUUACUCGUUUCUUAUCUGUCUAUAUUACAAUACCAAAUGUUUUUAAUGUAUUGGUAGGUAUUAUAGUAUGUUAAAUAUAUUUUCAAAGCAAACUGGGUACUUACACUUAACAUAAGCUUUAAUUCAAUACUAAUCAUAAUAAUUAUAAGACUGCUGAAAUAUUUUACGAUUGUUGAUAAAUUUCAUAUUAAUACUGCAAUUGUUUUCAGUAUUAUUCAUCCUAAACACUUCCUUUAUUUUUAUUUUACAUAUAUUUUUCUUUGCCCUAAUCAUGGUAUUAAUAGUAUAAUUUAUGUUCUCAUUAUAUUUUGUUAUCAUGAUAAUAGUCACAUAUCAUUGUUAAUUUACCAAUAAUAUUUAUUACCUGGACACCUAAACAUACCAUGUUUACCAUGACCAUAACUAGGGCCUAUCUUUGUUAUACAAUGAAGUCAAUUGGUUUUAGACAGUGUAGAUUAAUCCGCAUUGGUUUUAAAAAUAUAAAUAUUUUGUAUUUUUAUAAUGUAAUCAUACAUAUAAAUUAAAGAACUAACUAAUUUAUAUAGAACAUUUAAAUCCAAUAGUGCAUAAAAAAAAAAAAAACAGAACAAAUAAGAUAUUUGAGGAGAUAAUAAACAUAAUAUCUUGUGUUUACAAAAUAUUAGUAGUUUUACCUUAUAGUCCCUAAUUAAAUAUAAAAUAAUAAUUAUUGUACUUUAUGGAUCUACUAAACAAAAUACAAGUUAACUAAAAAUUUAAAAGAAAAUAUUGUUUGUAUAUUUUGUACCAAUUUAAAUUUGUUUAAACAUUGUUCAUUUAAUGUUUACUACUAUAACACGUUGACACUUAACAACAGGCACAUUUCCUAAACAGCUAUCCAUGGCACAAACUAUAGUAGCCAGAAAUUGUUUUGGAUUUUUAUUCAAUUUGUCCAAUAUUUUGUGCUGUACAUUACCAAAGUUUGUGGUAUUAAAAAUAUGAUUUUAAAUACUUUGUGCCAAAAAAACUUUUAUAUGGGAACUAACUGAGAUAAAUUCAAAAUAGGAUAUGGUUUCUAAAAUGAUCUGUAUGAGAAUCCGUAUAUAGUUUCUGAUUCUAAGUGAUGCGGAAAAAACUUUCUAUCAAUUUAAUGAUUUUAUGCUUGUGAUUCUCAUAAUUAAUAUCAUUGAUUAUAAAUUCUAUAUAUUACUAUAGUACUAGUAUUUAUAAUUAAUAAACAUCUUUUGUAUUCCAUUGAACACUUUCAGAACUUCUACCAUAUUAUGCCAUAUGCCAAUAGGCAAUAACAAAGACAGCUUAGGUAAUUGAUUUAAUUUAUCAAUUAGGUACAAUUGCCUAGAUUUAUUCUUGGGUUAAUUAUUAUAACUGAAGUUUUUUGGACAAAUUAUAAGGUACAUUUUUAUGAUUUUUUAAAUGUGUAUUAUGCAAUUUUUAGUUUUAGUUAAAAUUUAUAAUGUAUUAAAUGUUGUAUCUUUAUGAUUAAGUAUGACAUAUUUAUUUUAUUAUUAGGUAUUCAAUAUUUUACAAGAACUUUGUAAUGACAGUUAUAUCUAGAAUAUUCUUUUUGUUUCAAUAAUAUUAAGAUUUAUUUAUUUUUAAUUACACAAGCAAUUGCCUUUUAGUAUGCAUAUAUCAUUUGUACAACAUUUAAUAAUACAUGUUCUUUCGACAGUAUAAUAUAACAUUAAGUUAUCAAACUAAAUAUAAAUUAAUUUAAUUAGUUACCAAAGGUGGGGUCAACGUUGGCACUCGCCAUUAGGCGCCUAAUAAUUUCUUUUUUUAAAUAAUUAGUAGAUAAAUGAGGAAUAUAGAGGGGUUAUGGUGGUUCUUGUUGCCCACUGGGGUACCUUAAAACAUAUAAGUGACAAUAUAUCAGGUGAUCAUCUUGUAUAUAUGUAUUUAAUAAUGUGACCAGCGCUGUAUCUUCAAAUUAUGGCACCGAGACAAAACACAACACCUUUUUAUAAUUAAUUUUUAGACAUCUAGAUGUAUAAUUUCAGAUAAUUUGCACCCUCUUGCUUAACUAAUAUCCAGGAUGAGCCCUGGAUUGUCCUACCUCCCCUCUAUAUCCAGUGUUAAAUGUGACUACCUUAAAUACUGUUUUAUGAAGUUAUUUAUAAAUAUAUUUACAUUUCUAUGUUUAGUUUGUUUUUACAUGCUCCAUACAGUCAUAAAUUAUUAUUUUAUCUAAGAUAAAAUGUAUCUAUUGACUUAUUUAAUAAAUAAAAUAAAAUAAAUUGUAUGGUAAAAGAUGUAUGAUUGGUCCUAUUCUAUUUACUAUUUAUCUUACAGACCUUUUCAAUUUUUAAAAUAAAUGGCGAACUCAAUUUUUUACUAACAGUAUAGUUAUUUAAGUUAAAGGGGAAAAUUUAACUAAGAUAUACAACUCUGUGACUAUUUCACUAAAAAAAGUUAAAAAUUUGUUAGAUGUUGAAACUUAUUCAUAUCAAAACAAAUUAUAUUCAUUUCCAUGUAUUAAAUGCUACAACUGGCCUCCCUACAAUAAAUAAUAAUUAAUAAAUCAUACCAUUGAUUAUAGAUCAAUGUUCAUACUUUUAACAGUUUAGCAAAUGAUAACUACCUCUGCAAAGGUAUUAAUAUUACAGAAGAAGUUGAAUACUUAGGCAUAAAAGUAAAUGAAAUGUUUAAAUGGUCUAAUCACAUUCAGAAUAUAUUUCAAAUUCAAAAUUUUUUUACAUUUUUAAAACAUUAGGAUACAUAUAGUAAACGAAUAUUAAAAAUUGUGUAUUUUUUUCUUGCUCAAUCUAUUAUAUAUGGUAUGGGGUGGAACGCAUUUGACUAAAUUGGAUGUUACAAUAUGAACAUUAAUUUUGAUAGUAUUUAAGUAAUGUUGUAUGAAAAAAGGUGUUAAUCUAGAUUUUAUAUUACUUUGUUUCCUUUCAUAUUUUUAAUAUUAUUAAUCAUAGCUACAUAGCAUGAACUCAUCCACUUCAAACACAAGUUACGCUAGUUAUUUUCAUAUAUUUGUAUUGUUCUAUAAAUUGUAUUGGAUAUAUGUAUAUAUAAAUUUUGUAUAGAUUAGAUAAGGUAAAUAAAUAAAAUUGAUAAUCAUUUUUAUUAAUUAGUACAUUUUAGUGGGUAAGUAAGUAUUUUAAAUGGUUUUAAAUUUGAAUAUUAAUGGUUUAAUUACUUAUUUCUUCAUUUAUAGUUCAAAAUUGUAUUAAAAUCAAAAGUUACUUAUUAAUAUUAUAAUCAUUUUAUAUUUCAAAAAUGAUAGGGGUAAUUUAAAUUAAAAUAUAUUAUACCUUAUAGAUAUUGUUUGUGAGUAAUGAUGGUAGAUAUGUGAGUAAUACAUAUAUUAUUUUGUUCAACAUGCUAAAAAUAUUUUGAAAAAAUACCUGUAUGACUGAUGAGCAAUUUAUUUUUACCUUUUACUUAUUUGUAUUACUAAAUAUUUCAUUAAAUUACCCAAAUAGGGAAACAAGUUCUUCGUGUAGAAUACUUUAUGAUAAGCUAAGUGUGCUUUAUUUACAAAAAAGUUGAAAAUCGCUGGACCAAUAUAUUAAGUGUGUAUCUAAAUCUUCUCUAAAAUUUCCUGUUGAAUUUUAAUUUAUCCAUAGGCAAUAAUAAAAUAUAUCAGUAACAUUACAUUCCCACAACCUGCCUAACUUGAGUUUGUAUUUCUUUAGUUCACUUAAGGUUUCAAUAAUCAAUAAAUUGUCAUACUGCUGCUUGAAUAACACUUAUGUUACUAUAUUUAAAUAUUAAAUAAGUUUAUAGCGGUUUAUAGGUAAGUACUUAUUUAAAAUAAAUAUUGAUUAGUUUUAAAAUCGUAGACAAUUUUUAGGUAUGGAAAAUAAUUUGAAAAUGUAAUUUCUAAAUUAUAAUGAUUUAAAUAAAAUCAAUAGAUAUUAGAUAUUUCUAUAUUUUUAAAUGUUAAAUAUUGUUAAAUUACAAAACAAAAAUGAGAAUUUCAUUGUUCAUAAAUAACAUUUAAUUGAGGUGUUCAUUUUAAGUUAAUAGGUAUUUGGUGUGUUAUAUAAAUAAUUUUUUUUUUAUCUUAUUUACCCUUUUUAAUGUUAUCAUUCAGAAUAUUAUGUUGUUUGACAUACAUUGUUUUAAUUAAUUAGUUUCAUAUUUGCAUAUCUAUUGAAUCAGGUUUAUCAGUGUUGUGUUUUUCUAUUUCAAAUUUAUACCUUGAAUACAAAUUGAUUAUGUAUUCAAUUUUUUAUGUCAGUUAUACUUAUAUUUAUUUUUUUAAUUUAGAUGAAAAAACGAGAAGAAAUGCAAGUUAAUGUGGCAGGGCUAAGGAGGAAUAUUAAAAACAUAGCACAUAAUUAUUCUGAUGCUCAAGUUAGUAUACUUUCUUAUUUUAUUUAUUUUGCUUAUACAUUUUUCACUCUCACUAUUAUACAAUACUAUGUUUAUCUAAUUUAAUGUAUGUUAUAGUCUUAUUAGUUACACUUCAAAAACAACUCAUUAAUACCUAUAUAUUUUUUACUUGUAUGUGAAGAUCUUUAGUUAUCUUAAUCUUUAUAAGACAUUAACACAAAUUACAUUUUAGGUUAAGGUACGAGAGGCCACCAGCAACGAUCAAUGGGGACCAAGUAGUACAUUAAUGGCUGAAAUUGCCGACUUGACUUACAAUGUAGUUGCUUUUUCGGAAAUUAUGGCAAUUCUUUGGAAACGACUAAAUGAUCAUGGACGAAACUGGCGACAUGUUCAUAAAGCCCUCAUUCUUCUAGAAUAUCUAAUAAAAACUGGCAGUGAAAAAGUAUGAACAAUUAUUUUCUCUUAAUUAUAUUCUUUUAAUCUGUAUUUUUGUCUAAGGUUGCCCAACAAUGCAAAGAAAAUCGUUUUUCUAUUAAAACAUUAGAAACAUUCCAGCACAUAGAGGAUAAUAAGGAUAAAGGGCAGAGAGUACGAGAUACAGCUACACAGUUAGUAGCUUUAUUAGAUGAUGAUGAACGAUUAAAAACAGAACGUACCCGUGCAAUUAAAGCUAAAGAAAGAUCAGCUCAAAAAGUCUCAAGUUUUGGCAGUGAUGGAAAUGUAUGCAUUUUUAAAUUAGUUAUGGUUUAAGUAAAAUAAUGGUGGUGGUUAUUAUGUUUUUCUUUUAAUUUUUUUUUUUACGCUAUACAUUUGGCUAGACAACUCCACAAAGUCCUAAAUAUCCAUUGGUAAGUUAAUCUAAAGUUAGAUUUUUUUAUUUAUACCAAAAUUGCAUGCAUUAUAUAUUAAUUAUAAAACAUAGUAUAUCAAUAAACGUAAAAAAAAAACUGACUGAUUGAUGUAUCAAUGCACAGCCUAAACAAUUGUGACUACAAACUUAUAAUUUUGAACAGAGGUUCUUUAUACAAUGCAUGCAAUCACUAAGUGUUUUAUAAAUUCAACUAUUAGUUUUAAAGAAAUUUCAAUGUUUAUAUUGAGAUCAAUUUCAAAAAUAAUAGAUUUUAGGAAUUCAACCCCUUACAGAUUGAAAAGGAGUGUCAUAGUUAAUGUGGACAAAUUACUUUAUAUGAUUAAUUGGAAUAAAUGUAGAUAGUUAAAUUUAGGGGAGCAUAGGAGAAAUGUAAUUUUGAAUGGAAAUUAUUUUGUAUUUCUAAGUUAGUUAAUAAGAGUGUUUAAUAUUUCUGAUUUUUGGAAGUACAUUUAUUCAUAUUUAGCCUACAUCAAUAAUCUAUUUACUUUUUAUACCCCAUUAUAAAAGUGUACAUAGUAUACACACAAAUUAUGUUAAAAGUACUAUACAGUACAUACAUACUUGCAUUAAAAUAUGUACUUCUUUAUAUAAUGCUAUUAUCUUUUAAAUUUUAAUAUAUUAACAAUUUACUUACUUUUGGGAUUAUAUAUUACUAUAACUUGAUUGGUUUAACCUCAAAUAAAUUAAUAUUCAAUCUUUAAUUUUACCAUUUUUAUUGUUUAUAAACAUUAACACAGAUGGUUUUAGCGUACCAAGUAUUGGUGUUGCUGCUUUUAGUUGGUAGUAGUUAGGAUUCUAAGUAAUUUAAAAUAACCAGAGUGGAAAUAAGGAUCGUAUUGGUUUCACUAUGAUGUAUGCUUUUUUUUGUAAUAUUUUGGAUCUAGUACACAAGGAAGUAAUUUUUUUCCUUGUAUUUUUAUUAAUAAUUAGUAAAAAAAAAUUUUAACUUUUUAUUUGGUCAUAAUUUGGUUAAAAAUAAUCAUACAAAUUAGAAAUUUUCUUAGAAUACUUAUAUAAGACUUUUAUUAAAAUUUUAAAAUAAUUAAAAUAUUCUUGAGAGUUUUGAGCCAUUUAUAGGCAUUUUAAAUGUAUGAAUCAGUAUUUUGAGUAAAGUGGUGUGACAAGACCAUAUAAAUUAGUGGUGUAAAGGAGGGGAUAUUUUGGAUGUCUUCUAACAUAAUUUAGAAAUAAUCUUAAAUUCCAAUGGCAAAUUUUACUUUUCUAAGUUUUGGUUUUUAAGUUUUACCGCAUUCCCAUUUUUGGUACCCGAUUUCAUUAUGUUAAAGUAAAAGUGCAGAUUAGUUAAUCCUAAGUUACCAUUGUUUCAGUUUCACCACACUUUUGGUUGAAAGUUAAUAAAUUAUGGAUCUAAGGUUAAUUUCCGUUUGUGAUCUGAGAUAAGCUUCUGUGUGAGUGUUUUCUCCAGUUUCCAAUAUUUUUGUUUUCGCUUUUUUUGUAUAAAUUGAUUAUAACUAGAACAUUAGAGUUCUGUCAUUAAUACUCAGAAUUAUCAGGGAUUAAAAUUUAGGUGUAAAGAUUUCCAUUAACUCUAAGUAGUGGAACUGACCCUACCUUCCCAACUCCCCAAACCAUUAUGGUGUUUUAAAUCCAAACUAUUAUCCUGGUUUUUUCAUUCUGUAGAAAACAAUAAGUAUAAUCAGAAAAUUAUAUUAUUGUACCAACAAUAUGAUAUAAUACAAUAUGCUACAAAAAAACUUUCACUGAUUUUUGAUUGGGGUAAAAUUUCUGGUAAAAAAAUCGGGUUAUUAACAGACAAACAAAAAACAUUAUAGUAAAACCAAUAUAUUUCACGAUACACUCAGAAUCUAAAAUUAAAGUAGAAAAAUAGGUGUCAAAUUAGUUUUGAGUGUUCAUGAUGUACAUUAAUUAGAUAACCUUUAAUGUACAUAAUCUGAAUUUUAAAUCUGUGCAUGCCUUUGGUACUAGUUAUUAUUACAAAACUAUAAUUUUUUAGACUAUAAAAUAAUAGUUAAUUUAUUUUUUUGUAGUUUCGAGAUUCCUAUGGUCUGUAUGAUACACGACCUCCUGUUAAAGGUAUGUUUAUUAUUAACAACAAUUAUUUGUGUUUAAACGUCAAAAUAAUAAAGAAUGUGCUAAUUUACCAAAAAAAAAAACCUAUUUAAUACAUUUAUACUAUUAUUCUUACAAUAAUAUUUAUAUAUAAAGAACUUUUUAUACAGUUUAAAACCAAUAUGGUGUAUCUUUUAGAAAACAUAUGUGUUAAUUAGGUUUUUAAAUUUAUAACAAAUACAAUUUUUUUUUUAAUUCUAUACAUUUGGUUAUUGAUUUUUCAGUGAACUAUUAACCUAAAUCUUAUAAUUUCGAAAUUUACGUUUAAAUAAUAUUUAUUUUUUAAUUUCCUUAUUCUUUACGAAGUAAUUAUUCCAUGUAUUUUGUUUAAAAAAAAACAAAUUCUCAUUUUCUUAAAUGUUUAUAAUAUAUUAUUUUCUAAGUUUAUAUUUUGUCUAUUAAAGCGGAAUUAGAAAGUGCACGUCCACAAACUAUUGGUGAAGAAGAAUUACAAUUACAGUUAGCUUUGGCUAUGUCUAGAGAAGAAGCAGAACAAGAAGAACAAAAAAGACGUAGUGACGAGGUGCGAUUAAAACUGGCAUUAUCUCAGAGCGAAAAUGAAUUCAAGUAAUUACAGUUUUAUUGUAAUUAAAGAAAAAACAAUAUGUUGAAUUGAGUUUGUUUUUACGAAAACUAACAGACAAUAUUUAAGUAGUGGUUCCGAAUCUGGAGCUAAUAGUAGUAAUGGCAAAAGCAGUAAUAUGUUGGACCUGUUGGGGAUCGAUCUUGAUAAUAAUGAUGCAGAUAAAAAUGGUGCAACAGCAGCAGAUCCAUGGGGAAUGCCAAUCAAAACUCAACCUCAACCACAAGUAAAUAGCAGAACAUUUAUUUAAAAAGAUAUAUAUAUAAAUAAAUAAUAAAAAAAAUAAAAAAUAUAUAAUAAUUAAAUUAGUCAACUAGAUUUUAGAUUCUUUAAAGGGAGGGGGAGGUUAUUUUAUAAUUUUCGUAAUAAUUGGAAAAAACAAGAAAAUUAACGUACAUGUAUUUGCUCUAAAUUGUUUUUCAUUAGCAAUGGUUAAUCGUUGGGUACAGGUGUAAGUUAAAUUUCCCUCUAUAUCUUACUCUUCCAACGUCUCAUUUAUAACAGCGCCCACCCUUCGUGUAAAGUAUUAAUUUUUAUUUUAUAGUUUCACUUGUUAUAAUUAUUAACAUUUUGAUUAUCUGAAAUGUUCAAUAUUUCUGGUUUUCAUAAUUUUUUAUGAUUAGAAAUAUUAUAUUCAAGUUUAAUUUUAGCCUUUGAAUUGGUCUAAUGGGGAUUUAAAUAAUGGAGCGCCCGCACGUGCUAUAGAUCCUUGGUCUCCUGUUACCCACAAACAAAGUACUCCUUCCACUCUUAAUGUGUUACCAAAUGCAGUGAAUGAUGGUUAGUAAAUAUAAAACAAAUUUAUAAUUUAAAAAAAUAUGUUAUUAAAUAUGUUACAUAAUUAAGGUGUAGAUCCAUGGUUAUCGCAAACCUCAUCAGCUGCAGCAAUGGCUCCACCAGAUCCUUGGGCUCCUGCAACAGUUAAUCAAUCUUUAAGUAAACCAAAUCAAGAAUUUGAUGAAUUUGCUCUUUUAGGAAAUCGGUCAUUGCUAACAAGUAUGUAUUUAAAUCAAUUUUAUUUCAAUCAUAAACAUUUAGUUUGAAGUACAUAGACAUUUAAUGUAUACUUUUUUCGUUAUUUAGAACCUACUCCUGAUCCAUUUGACUUGUCUCAUUUAAACAACGAACUAUUAGGAAGAGAAUCACAGAGUUCAACAUCGGGUAAAAAGACACCACAUAGUUUCUUGGGUGAAAAUUCUGCUUUAGUAAAUUUGGAUAACCUAGUAACAGCUCCUAUUAACCCAGCACCAGUUGCACAAACAAGACCACCUGGUAUGUAUUAUUUUUGUUUUUAUUAUUGUAAUUAUUUUCAACCUUGGAUACUAUUAUUUAACAUAUUUUAUCUUUUAAAUAUUGAUAUGUGUAUUUUAUAGUAAAUUAUGCAUACAAAUUUUGUUUAUUUUUAUAAUAAUAAAAAAAUUGUAUUUUAAAUAAUAUUUAAAAAAAUAUGGAAAGCUACUUAGUGGCACAGUUAUAACUUACACUAUUAAUAUUGACAGUAGGAUUAUGUUUAAGCUUUUACCAUUCUUAAGUGAUUAUUUAGUUAUUUUUAAAAAUAACAAAAAUAAAAUAUAUCCUAUUAAGAAAUACUUCAUGGUUUUUAAUUAUUAUAGGUAUGGCAAAUCCAUUUGGCUUAACACCUCAACCAUCAUUUGCAACUCAACCAACAGCUCCUUCUACAUUCAGUGGAACUUCAUCUACUUUGCCACCACCACUUGUGCCGUCCCCAAAUCCAUUUCUUUCGUAG